AUGGAGGCUGUGUUUGAAAAAGUUUGCAAGGUUUUUGGUUUUCAAAGAUUGAAUAAAUUCCAAAUUGAGGCGAUUACACAUAUUUUAGAGAAAGGGAUUGAUAUUUUUGUCAAUCUUCCAACGGGAUAUGGCAAAUCUGUACUAAUCGAUCGUUCUUGUAGUCUCACUGUCUCACAAGAGGUCUCACUACUUUAA